AUGGGAGGGAAGUGGGAGGAGGUGACAGAGAUGAUUCCCUACUACAACCCCAUCCUCUACUACAACCCCAGCCUCUACUACAACCCUAAUCCCAGCUGUACGUCUACAUCUCUGUUCAACCCUAACCCUAGUCCCUACUACAACCCCAUCCUCUACUACAACCCUAGCCUCUACUACAACCCUAAUCCCAGCUGUACGUCUACAUGUCUGUUCAACCCUAACCCCAGCCUCUACUACAACCCCAGCCUCUACUACAACCGUAGCCUCUACUACAACCCCAGCCUCUACUACAACCGUAGCCUCUACUACAACCCUAGCCUCUACUACAACCCUAAUCCCAGCUGUACGUCUACAUCUCUGUUCAACCCUAACCCCAGCCUCUACUACAACCCUAGCCUCUACCACAACCCUAGCCUCUACUACAACCCUAAUCCCAGCUGUACGUCUACAUCUCUGUUCAACCCUAACCCCAGCCUCUACUACAACCCCAGCCUCUACUACAACCGUAGCCUCUACUACAACCCCAGCCUCUACUACAACCGUAGCCUCUACUACAACCCUAGCCUCUACUACAACCCUAAUCCCAGCUGUACGUCUACAUCUCUGUUCAACCCUAACCCCAGCCUCUACCACAACCCUAGCCUCUACCACAACCCUAGCCUCUACUACAACCCUAAUCCCAGUUUUACGUCUACAUCUCUGUUCAACCCUAACCCCAGCCUCUACUACAACCGUAGCCUCUACCACAACCCUAGUCUCUACUACAACCCUAAUCCCAGUUUUACGUCUACAUCUCUGUUCAACCCUAUCCUCAGCCUCUACUACAACCCUAACCCCAGUCUCUACCACAACCCUAAUCCCAUUUUUACGUCUACAUCUCUGUUCAACCCUAUCCCCAGCCUCUACUACAACCCCAGCCUCUACUACAACAGCAGCCUCUACUACAACCCUAGCCUCUACUACAACCCCAGCCUCUACUACAACCCUAAUCCCAGCUGUACGUCUACAUCUCUGUUCAACCCUAACCCCAGCCUCUACUACAACCCCAGCCUCUACUACAACCCUAAUCCCAGCUGUGCGUCUACAUCUCUGUUCAACCCUAUCCCCAGCCUCUACUACAACCGUAGCCUCUACCACAACCCCAGCCUCUACUACAACCCUAAUCCCAGCUGUACGUCUACAUCUCUGUUCAACCCUAUCCCCAGCCUCUACUACAACCCCAGCCUCUACUACAACCCUAAUCCCAGCUGUACGUCUACAUCUCUGUUCAACCCUAACCCCAGCCUCUACUACAACCCCAGCCUCUACUACAACCGUAGCCUCUACUACAACCCUAGCCUCUACUACAACCCUAAUCCCAGCUUUACGUCGACAUCUCUGUUCAACCCUAACCCCAGCCUCUACUACAACCCUAGCCUCUACUACAACCCUAAUCCCAGCUUUACGUCUACAUCUCUGUUCAACCCUAAACCCAGCCUCUACUACAACCCCAGCCUCUACUACAACCCCAGCCUCUACUACAACCCUAAUCCCAGCUACUACCUUAAUCCUAACCCCAGCCUCUACCACAACCCUGACCCCAUCCUCUACCACAACCCUCACCCCAGCCUCUACUACAACCCUGACCCCAGCCGCUACCACAACCCUGACCCCAGCCUGUACCACAACCCUGACCCCAGCCUCCUCUACUCCAACCCUGACCCCAUUCUCUACCACAACCCUAACCUCUACUACAACCCUGACCCCAGCCUCUACCACAACCCUAACCUCUACUACAACCCUAAUCACAGCCUUUACCACAAUCCUAACCCCAGUCUCUACCACAACCCCGACCCCAGCCUCUACUACAAACCUGACCCCAGCCGCUACCACAUUCCUAACCCCAGGCUCUACCACAACCCUGACCCCAGGCGCUACUACAAUCCUAACCCCAGCCUCUACUACAACUCUGACCCCAACCUCUACUACAACCCUGACCCCAGCCUCUACUACAACCCUGACCCCAGCCGCUACCACAAACCUAACCCCAGCCUCUGCCACAACCCUGACACCAGCUUCUACCACAGCCCUAACCCAAGUGUGAGGUGA